GCAAUUGGCUGGUCACGUGAGCAUCCAAUGUUCAUGCACUCGAAGCCGGUUGGUGACGGCAUUGGCCGCAAUAUUUUUGCACAUGUGAGUUCGACCUUGGUCUCGGGUCGCAACACAGCGCCACACACCAGUCAUGCGAGCAUCGACUAUCAUACGGUCGACGCCGGCAUCAAGGCCCAGGCUACGGCCUCGAUUCGUCUGUCGGCAAUGCCGUGCCAUCCAGAUCUCGGCUGCGCCCUCGACCAUCACUCCCAAAAAUGGCGGGGAUUUACUGGGAGCUCCCGGCCAGGCCCAUACAAGGAGAGAUACUGCGGACGCCAGCUUUGAAGUACUCGGAUCGCCAUACUCGUUGCUUUCUGUCAGCCUCUCGCCUUCCCAGAAGCUCUACACAAGAAGAGGUACCCUAGUUUCGGUUGCCGGCAAAGUCGAAAAUGCUCAAUCAACGCUAUCCCUCCUCUCGCCCCUCCGCCGCGCCCUCCUCGGCGUUCCGUUCCUCUACCAGCGCAUAACAUCUACGACGCCCAUAACCGCAUUGAUCGGCACCGCCUCGCCCAACACCACCUUCUCGAUCCUCCACCUGGACGGUACGACCGACUGGAUGGUAACCCAGCGCAACGCUCUCCUCGCAUGGACCGGUCACACCCUCGUUCCUUCUCCCCGCAUCCAGCGCGGUCUGUCGGUCGCGCAUUGGGGAAGCACACACCUGACGGGCAGGGGCUUGGCUGCGCUCUCGAGCCCGGGACAGGUGUACCAGGUGACGCUGGCCGAGGGCGAGGAGAUUGUCCUCCACCCGAGCCACGUCACGGCGUACUCGAUCGACAAGAACCCCCCGCUGCCGUUCCGACUACGCAGCUCUAGCCCACUGAGGGUGCAGAUCCCCGCCCUCCCGGCGUCGAUGACCAACUUCAUGACCACAUUGGUACCGACCCGUCUAUCCAACUUUAUGACCGCAAUGCGCGACACGGAUUUGUACAAGACGGUCGCCCGCGCUCUAUUUGGCCUUCGAACAGCGACGAGGAGGUCCAUCCGGGGCGACAGGCUUUUCCUGCAGUUCCGUGGCCCUGCGACGAUUCUGAUGUCUAGCAGAGGCGUUCGCAUCACCGACGUGCUCAGCAACGACGACGUCAACGAGAUUGCCGACAGCGAGGCUGGCGUUGCCGCGCGCGCGGUCGAACUGGCCACGAAGCCCGAGCCCACUGUGGAAGCGCCCGAGGUUACGCGCGGCAAGAUUACAGGCAUCCAUGUUGCGAGCGUUGGCAAGGAUGGUAAGGUCAAGUUUGAGGACGCCAAGGGUCUGAACGAUUUUGUCAAGGAUUAGAUGACGGCCUCCCGUCAGGUCUUUCGUGUAAUAUUGUUCCCUAUGUACUAAUAUCUGAUGAAGACAAGGACAUUGUCUCGUUUGCAUGCCUGCGAUUGUCCAUAAUGUCUAUGACCUUUUCCGGAUUGCUUGGCAAACUUCUGUUGGUAUGCUUGCUGUUGCUGGCUUUGUAACAUGGAGCCAUAGGACAUCGGAUGUACAGGAAGUUGUCAACCAGAUACUUAACCACAGCUUUCCUAGACCUCACUCACAAGAACCUACGAAGUAAUCUGUCUGACCGCCGCCACUUCGGCAGUCAAACAGCUCCAUCCUCAACCGCGAACCACAACCACCAACCGAUAAACAAUUCCGC